AGUGAAAACCUGACUCAAUCAAAAUACAGGUUUUACAAAACGUUACUUUAUAGCGUCGCCGUUGAUCAACAAGUGACACCUUCAGCUGCAUCACACUCACUACUCGAUUGAUUAAUGCUAAUUGUUUUUGAUUUUAUUUUUUUUUAACUUAAUUUCGAUUUUGGAACAACCUACGACUCUUCGAGUAAUUCGAGGCCACUCCUUUUAUAUGGUCAUUGCUGAUAAUGGCUUCUUCCUUUUUGACAAAGAUUCUUUUAGGUCCUCGCUCGAUUAUCACUCACCACCCACCAAUUCUCUCUUCUUUCUUCUCUGUAAGGAUCGCUUUUUGUAUCCCUAAUUUCAUCUGGAAACGGCUGUUCUCUAUACAAACUGUUCCAACCUCUACAGCCCAAAACACCAAAUUGACUGGUUGGGCUCCUUGUAUGGCUUCUUCAAUAGUUGGUAGAAGAGCUGCAUAUUCAACACGAUCUGCACCCACAAAUGAGCCAGUUGUGUCUGUGGAUUGGCUUUAUGAUAACCUGAAGGAGCCUGAUAUUAAGGUGGUGGAUGCAUCCUGGUACAUGCCAGAUGAGCAAAGGAAUCCAAUUCAAGAGUAUCAGGUUGCUCAUAUUCCUGGGGCCCUUUUCUUUGACGUAGAUGGAAUAGCAGAUAGAACUACAAAAUUACCACACAUGUUGCCAUCAGAAGAAGCUUUUGCUGCUGCUGUUUCUGCACUUGGCAUACAGAACAAAGAUGACUUAGUUGUUUAUGACGGCAAAGGAUUAUUUAGUGCGGCUCGUGUUUGGUGGAUGUUCCGAGUGUUUGGGCAUGAUAGAAUUUGGGUAUUAGAUGGUGGCCUGCCAAGAUGGCGUGCAUCGGGUUAUGAUGUUGAGUCCAGUGCUUCGAGUGAUGCUAUUCUUAAAGCUAGUGCUGCAAGUGAGGCAAUAGAGAAAGUAUAUCAGGGACAAGCAGUUGGUCCAAUCACAUUUGAGACUAAAUUUCAGCCACAUCUUGUUUGGAGCCUUGAACAGGUAACAAGAAAUAUAGACGAACAAUCUCACCAACUCAUAGAUGCUAGAUCAAAGCCCAGGUUUGAUGGAACUGCACCAGAGCCUAGAAAGGGAAUCAGAAGUGGUCAUGUACCUGGCAGCAAAUGUAUCCCUUUUGCUCAGAUGUUAGAUGGUUCACAGACAUUGUUACCAGCGGAUGAUCUUAAGAAGCGUUUCGAUCAAGAAGGCAUCUCUUUGGAAAGUCCGGUAGUGACUUCAUGUGGAACUGGGGUAACUGCAUGCAUUCUCGCAUUGGGUCUUCAUCGUCUCGGAAAGACUAAUGUACCAGUUUAUGAUGGAUCAUGGAGUGAAUGGGGAGCACAAUCUGAUACACCUGUUGAAUCCUCUCAAACCGAAUAGUAUUUGCAUCACAAAAGGCUAUAUCAUCCACUUUUCAAACAUUCUUGAGAUUUAUCUAUGCAUCUUUGCUUUUUCUUGUUUUGGAUUGAUUGGGAUUGAAUUGCAUAACUUUUCAUGUUCAACAACAUUACUAAAUAGUAAAUCCUGUCAUGUGGCUUAUAAAAAUAAUGAUAGGAUUGUUUAAUAAUUGUCUCAGAUAGAAUUUGUUUGGUACUUAGAUGA